AUGUUAGGAGGCGAUUUAGAUAGCCAAAUAGCGCAGCUUAAGAAAUGCGAGACAAUAUCAGAGUCUCAAGUUAAGGAAUUGUGCUUAAAAGCUCGUGAAAUUCUCGUCGAAGAAGCCAAUGUACAAUACGUAGAUUCACCAGUCACGAUUUGCGGUGAUAUACACGGUCAAUUCUGGGAUCUGAUGGAGUUAUUCGAAAUAGCGGGACAGUGCCCUAGCACGAACUACCUCUUUAUGGGUGACUUCGUCGAUAGAGGCUUCUACUCCGUUGAAACUUUCUUAUUACUUUUAGCACUUAAAGUUCGCUAUCCUGAUAGAAUUACUCUCAUACGGGGAAAUCACGAAUCGAGACAAAUUACCCAAGUUUACGGCUUUUAUGAUGAGUGUUUGAGAAAGUAUGGUAAUAUAAAUGUAUGGCGAUAUUGCUGCGAAGUGUUUGAUUAUCUCUCGCUCGCUGCUAUCGUUGAUGGUAGGACAUUCUGUGUUCAUGGAGGUCUCAGUCCGAUGAUACAGACUAUUGAUGAGAUACGUUCAAUCGACAGGAAGCAGGAGGUUCCUCAUGACGGUGCGAUGUGCGAUCUUCUCUGGUCAGAUCCGGAUGAUAUAGAGAGUUGGAACAUCAGCCCUCGUGGUGCCGGAUUUCUAUUUGGUGCAGAAGUUGUUCGCCAGUUUGUGCAUGCGAAUGACCUCGAUUUGAUAGCACGUGCUCAUCAGCUAGUUCUAGAGGGAUAUAAAGUAAUGUUUGAUAAUUCGAUAGUUACCGUAUGGUCUGCGCCAAAUUAUUGCUACAGAUGCGGUAACGUGGCUAGUGUACUAAAUUUAAACGAAAAUGGUGAACAGGUAUACAAAACCUUUGAAGCAGCACCUCAAGAUACCAACACAGUGCCAUUUAAAAGGCCAACACCACUGUAUUUUCUCUAAUAUGUUAAUGUUAUUAUACUGCAUACUUAUAAU